CAGCUUAAGGCUAGGCUCCAACCACUUGUGACGCCUCUCUAUCUCCAGCUUUUUGUAGUCCCGCUUCUCAGAAGAUGCACUAUUACAGAUAUUCGAACGCCGAGGUCAGCUGCUGGUACAAGUACCUCCUCUUCAGCUACAACAUCGUCUUUUGGUUGGCUGGAGUUGUCUUCCUCGGCGUUGGGCUGUGGGCAUGGAGUGAAAAGGGUGUGCUAUCCGACCUCACCAAAGUAACCCGGCUCCAUGGAAUUGACCCUGUGGUGCUGGUCCUGAUGGUGGGCGUGGUGAUGUUCACACUGGGGUUUGCUGGCUGUGUAGGGGCCCUGCGGGAAAACAUCUGCCUGCUCAAGUUUUUCUGCGGGGCUAUUGUGCUCAUCUUCUUCUUGGAGCUGGCGGUGGCCGUGCUGGCCUUCCUGUUCCAGGACUGGGUGAGGGACCGGUUCCGAGAAUUCUUCGAGAGCAACAUCAGAUCCUACCGGGAUGACAUCGACCUGCAGAACCUCAUCGACUCCCUGCAGAAAGCAAACCAGUGCUGUGGGGCGUAUGGCCCUGAGGACUGGGACCUCAAUGUCUACUUCAACUGCAGCGGUGCCAGCUACAGCCGCGAGAAGUGUGGGGUGCCCUUCUCCUGCUGUGUGCCAGAUCCCGCGCAAAAAGUUGUGAACACACAAUGUGGCUACGAUGUCAGGAUUCAGUUGAAGAGCAAGUGGGAUGAGUUCAUCUUCACGAAAGGCUGCAUCCAGGCGCUGGAGGGCUGGCUCCCGAGGAACAUUUACAUCGUGGCUGGUGUCUUCAUCGCCAUCUCCCUGCUGCAGAUAUUUGGCAUCUUCCUGGCGAGGACCCUGAUCUCAGACAUUGAGGCGGUGAAGGCAGGCCAUCACUUCUGAGGCGCGGAGUGGAGCACGCGGAGCUGAGCCAUGCCGUGGUGGAGGCCCGGGCCACCACCGCCCUCACCCCGAACGUCCCCUGGGAGGGACGCUGCCAGCGCCACGCAGAGCCAGCGCCCCGUCUUCGGCAUCAGCGGGACCUGACCUCUCUGUUUCUGUCUGCUGGUGCUGAAGACUGAGGGCUCCUUCAUACACGCCCAGAACUUGAGAUGGGAUCCCUUCUCCCCCAGGGUAUAUCCCAAGCUAGAGAAUGUGUCUUUCUAGGGGGUGGUGACUGAGGACAGACAUACAGGCAGCAGGGAGGGCUUGAGUCUGAGAGCAGCUGCCCCGCUCCUCACUCCACACCUCGGGCAGUGGCCUAGCCUGGGGGCGGGGUACCCACACGGAGGGCGGGGCAUUGAGGAGGACAAGGCUCCAUCUCCAUCAGGUCAAACAGCACAGGGGCUGUCCCUAGGAGAGGAGGAGGGGCCUGGUGGACACGGCUUGCUAUGGUAUCUGUGGGGUUGAACAGGAGCCUCAGCCAUUUUCUCGUGAAGUAAGCCUGAACCAGGGUGUGUGACAUGUACCAGCUCCUGCCUUUCCCCCCUGGACAGAACAGCCGCCCGUCUCCUAGCAUUAAGCUCCAGGGCCCCGGGUGGGCAGAGGUGGGGGACCCGCUUCUCUGCCGAGAGCUGGCUCUCAAAGAUCUUCAAGAGUGUAAAUAGUUUAUUUAUAGGGGUAAGGAUGUUCCCAUACUGUACCUUCAUUCCCCCUCCCCGACCUCCAGCAUUUCCCAUUAAGCAGCCUUACUGGUGUCUAGGACUGAAGCACCUCCUUUCGGUUCCCCAAGUCUCAAGAACCAGGCCGCCUCCCUCCCACAGCCCCCACGUCCCACAGCUUCUCCCAGCCUCUCACCAGUGGGUCACCCUGCUUCUUCUCACUGUUUUCUGGUCUUGGUGCUACUGAAAUUGUCACCCAGAAUUUAAAUCCUGUCCCUCCCUACAGCACACCUAGAGAACCCCAGCCCCAGAUAGCUGACUUGGAAACCUGGCACCUGCCAUGCUCUUCCCGGGAGAUACACCCUCCCACAAGCUCGCCAUGUUUGAUCUCUAACUUUCCCAGGGACCCCUCCCCUGCCGUAUCUGUGGUCCCCGUGUCUACUCUUCCCCUCAGGGCUGUUCCGGGGCUUACUCUUGGAGAUGAAGUCUGGCCUGUACUGGCUUCUAGUGGUCACCUACAUGCAGAGCCGAGACACAAGUGUCCAUCUUCAGCUGGGCUGCUCUCAUGCUUCUCCCUGGAUCGUUAUCUGUCUGUCCUCACUGUUCAGGGAUCGAGUGCUACUUCAGUCACCUGCCACCGUGGCCGUAAACAUUCUAAUGUGGUGUAUUUUGGUGAUACUGGUGGAUGUUUGUUGAUGAUGAUGAUGAUGAUGAUGAUGACGAUGACGACGACGUUACAACUUUUUUUUUUUUUUUUACAAUUCUCUGUAGACUAGAGGAAGAAGAAUGCUUGUGUUUUUAGGAAGCGUGAUGCUUCUCUUUGACUGCCAAACUCUUUUAUGGAAUAUAUCUUUGUAUUAAUGUU